GUAACGGUGACACUCCUAUUGUUAACCAAAACAUUGUCACUUCCAUCUCAGAUCAAACGCGCAUGCUACAUUAUUAUAUUCUCUUUCCUAAAUUUUCAUACCUGUAGAACUUUUCUUAUCUUUGCGAGGUGGUAGAAAAUGCAACUCUAUAGGCACUUCUCUGUGAUUUUCCUGAUUUCUAUGUCUAUAGAUGAGAAAGAGUGAGGAGCAAAGAGUCCAUAUUCCAUAAAAUGUAUUUGUAAAUGCUACUACUGCCAAUAAAGAAGGCCAACACAAUCACUUUAUCAACAAAGAAUGCGAAGCUUCUCUUUCUUUCUCCAUCAACAAAGUUACCAUCUUGAGACUUUUUGUCUCUGUCUUUCUCAUGCAUUGAAUUCCUCAACAACAAUGCACAGAAUGUAGAACAUAGACUAGGUUAUCAAGAAAGGGAAGAUGGAGUUUGAUCUUGAAGACCCACUAGUCAGCUUGGAAGAAGAGCAAACCUUUACUAUAUCAGAACUCUUUGCCUCCGAAUCUGAACACGUGCCCUCACCAAACUGCUUAAGUUCAACACAUUUUCACGUUUUCUGUGGUGAAGCCAUAUCUCUCAUUCUUCAGGUUCAGGUUUCUUGCAAAUUGGACCAAUUUGUAGCUUAUCUUGCUAUAAAUUACUUGCACCGUUUCAUGUCAUGCCAAGAAAUUCCGCAGGGAAAGCCGUGGUUUCUCAGGCUUCUUGUCAUAUCAUGUCUUUCUCUUGCUUCAAAGAUGAAGAACACAACUUUAUCAAUUUUGGAUAUGCAAAAAGAAGGUUGUUACUUUAAGGCUCAGAGUAUUCAGAGAAUGGAGCUUCUUAUUCUCGGGGCUCUGAAAUGGCGCAUGAGGUCAAUUACGCCUUUUUCUUUCCUUCAUUUCUUUAUCUCUUUAGCUGAAAUUAAAGACCAAUCACUAAAGCAAACACUUAAAAAUAGAGCUUCAGAGAUAAUCUUCAAUGCUCAAAAUGGCAUUAAGUUUUUAGAGUAUAAACCUUCAACUAUUGCUGCAACUAGCCUUAUCUUUGCAUCUCAUGAACUAUUCCCACAGCAAUAUUCUACUCUGAGAGCUUCAAUUACAGCCUGUGAGUACCUAGAUGAGGAGACAUUGUCCAAGUGCUUCGAUUUGAUGCAAGACAUGAUGAGAAUGGAAGCAAAGGAGUUAAUGGCAGAUACAAGCUUUUUAAGCACAGAAACUCUAGUGAGUGUGUUGGAGAGAAACACUAAACGACAAAGAAUUUGAUGGCCUAUGUUGCUGGAGAAAAUUCCAAUUUUCUCAAACUCAAGAAGAAGAAAGCUGAGGGAAAAGGAAAACAAUCAUGUUUCAGUCCAAAACAAGAGAGGACGCAAAUGAGAGUUGAGAUUCGCUCGAGUGUUGUUCACCAAAAAGAAAUUACUGUAAUCUAUUGCAUAGAAUGAAAUUCAGAAAUUACUAAAUCAAAUGGAAGUUGUAAGGUGACAUGUACCAAAUCAAUAAAAUAAAACGGCUGAUAGGU